GUGUGCGCUGCUCGGAGUCAUGGAGAUUGAGGCGAUAACGUUUACACUAGAGUCAAGGUAGAGGCGGUGCACGAAAAGUUGGUAGAGCAGCCUUGACUGUAUGAGGUUAAGAGUUAGUUAAAUACAUUUAGAGCUUGUAAACCAUCACCGGCUCCCGGACCGACGGCUGUUUCCAGACGUUUCACGAGAAGGGGCGCUAACGGUCACCGUAAUCCACGCAUUCCUCAAGUUGCCUGACCGUCGAGUUGUCGAAGCAGAUGUUUCAGAUAAAGAGGAUCUGUUGCAUUGGUGCCGGGUACGUGGGGGGCCCGACGUGCAGCGUGAUUGCCCACAUGUGUCCAGAGAUCACGGUGACUGUCGUGGACGUCAACGAGGCCCGCAUCAAAGCCUGGAACUCGGACACUCUGCCCAUUUAUGAGCCGGGUCUGAAAGAUGUGGUGGAAUCAUGCAGGGGACAAAACCUGUUUUUCUCCACGGACAUAGACUCAGCCAUCAGGGACGCGGACCUCGUCUUUAUCUCUGUCAACACCCCAACCAAGACCUAUGGGAUGGGGAAGGGUCGUGCGGCGGACCUUAAGUUCAUUGAGGCGUGCGCCCGGAGGAUUGUGGAGGUGUCCAACGGUUACAAGAUUGUCACGGAGAAGAGCACAGUCCCCGUCCGAGCUGCCGAGAGCAUUAGACGUAUAUUCGAUGCCAACACCAAGCCCAGCCUGAACCUACAGGUGCUGUCCAACCCAGAAUUCCUUGCAGAGGGAACAGCGGUGCGGGAUCUGAAGGAGCCGGACCGCGUCCUGAUCGGCGGGGACGAAACGGCCGAAGGUCAAAGGGCGAUCCGAGCGCUGUGCGCCGUCUAUGAGCACUGGGUCCCGAAAGCUCGCAUCAUCACCACCAACACGUGGUCAUCCGAGCUGUCCAAACUGGCGGCCAAUGCAUUCCUGGCACAGCGGAUCAGCAGCAUCAACAGCAUCAGCGCCCUCUGUGAGGCCACCGGGGCCGACGUGGAGGAGGUGGCCAAGGCCAUCGGGAUGGACCAGAGGAUCGGAAGCAAGUUCCUCAAAGCCAGCAUAGGUUUUGGUGGAAGUUGUUUCCAGAAGGACGUGCUAAAUUUGGUCUACUUGUGCGAGGCGCUCAACCUGCCCGAGGUAGCCUCCUACUGGCAGCAGGUGAUCGACAUGAAUGAGUACCAAAGGCGGCGGUUUGCCUGCAGGAUCAUCGACUGCCUCUUCAACACUGUGACCGGUAAGAAGAUCGCUCUGCUGGGCUUCUCCUUCAAAAAAGACACAGGCGACACAAGGGAGUCGUCCAGUAUCUACAUCUCCAAGUAUCUGAUGGAUGAGGGCGCCAAGCUUUUCAUCUAUGACCCCAAAGUCCUCAAGGAACAAAUCAUUCACGACCUCUCUCAACCAAACAUCUCUGAGGACAACCCAGAAAGAGUGUCGGAGCUGGUGACCGUGACCUCUGACCCUUACGAGGCCUGCCAGGGUUCACAUGCACUGGUCAUCUGCACCGAGUGGGACAUGUUUAAGGAGCUGGACUAUGAGAAGAUCUACAAGAAGAUGCUGAAGCCGGCCUUUAUCUUCGACGGCCGCAGAGUGCUGGACCACCUCCACGGCCACCUUCAGAACAUCGGCUUCCAGAUCGAGACCAUCGGUAAGAAAGUGACUGUGACCAGAAUCCCCUACACGCCAGCAGCCGCCGGUCCUCGCGCCGCUGCCAUCGAACCUCCUGCCAAGAAAGCCAAAGCCUGAAACGCUAACCCACACACACCCAGCACAUUCCUCUCUCAGCCCUUUCCUAAUUGCCGGUGAAACCUUUGAUGCCGGUGCAACCCGCCGGAGGGAGUAACAGCUGCUGCAGGCCGGGGAGGGAAAAGUACAGCCUUCACAACUGAGUGAAUGUGAAAUCAUGAAUGAUAUUUAUCAACCAAAUAUUUUACAUUUACCAACGUUUUCCAAUCACACAUAAAUAGAUGCAAUUCUUUCAUUGUUUAAUGGCUAAAUGUAUUUUAUACAGUUUAAAAAAAAUAUUUUUAUAAAUCCACUUAACUUUGUCAAUCAGUGUUUGUCCUCUGAAUCAGCGAGUUUGUAUGAAAUAAAAUGUAACCGUAAUAUGUGCCU